CAAAUUUUCCCAAAUCAAACUUGGCCUCUUUCUCUCUUCACCAUUGUCGCGCCCUGCCACCGCCGUCGCGACUCGCCGCCACGACCAGCGCCGCUGCCACGCCGGCCGUCUGCUCGGCCGAAUUCCACCAUCAUUUCCCCUAAAUUGGUUUCCGACCUCAGGGCUAGGGUUCCGCCGAGCAGGAUUUUGAAGAAGGUGUCGGACGACGUGGUCGUCUCCUGCCUGCGGAUUGCCACUCCCGUCGACCAGCUGCCCAGAAUCGACGCCUAGCUUGCCCAGUCGCAGCAGGUCGUCGCCAAGUAUUCCGUCCUCGGCCUCGCCCACCACCCGCAUGAUAAAGACCUCGACAAUUUCAUGAUUAUUGCCCAGCUUCUUUCUGAAAGGUUGAUUCCAUUUGUUGCACUUGAUGUCAAUAGCGAUCGAGUUGCAUAUGGACGCGCACUUGACCUUCCUGUUUACUUUGGUGAUGCCGGUAGCCGUGAGUUUGAAGUAGAGAGGGAGGGAGUCAGAGACAUGAAUAGGGAUAUGUUGCGGUGGAAAGCCAGGAUUGUUGCUAUCAAAGCACUAGUUUUUGGCGGAUCAAGUUGAUGGGAGUCGAUGCACCGUGUUUUAAUCGAGAAUGCAGCGAAAAACUUAGCUACGAGGACUACUACUUUUUUUUUUUUGGUCAGAAACGAGGACUACUACUAACGAGAAGGCUGAAGCAGAGAACGUUGUUUCAAAUGUUUAGCAAGUUGCGUGCAUUUGUAUAUGUUUUAUUAUAUUUGGAUGAUAAUGUAUGAAUAUUUUUGAUGUUAUAUAAUAUAUGUUAUCAAUGACAA